CGGCAGCCGGCACGGAUGCUGUUUUUGACUUAUAGCUCUCACUGCAAUUAUCGCACAUGUAUGGAAACUAGCUUAUUGGGAAGCUAGCAGCGUUGCCUACAAUCGGCUCGCUUACACUACGGGUCUAUCUUGCAUGACAAAGAAGUUAUGGGCGAAAUUGGCAGACUCCUAGGGGCUCCCCUGGCUAAAUCGUGGCGCGUAUCCCGGUGCUGCCCUCUACCCUGAGCUUGCCGUGUCGCCUUCCUCAUUCUCUCUCUUGUUUUCAUUUUAAUUCCUAACCUGCGAUCAUUGACAGAAUGUUAUGGUUUUUACGGUAGAAUACAGUAAUGACGUACAGAAAUGCGUCAGUCUUUAUGAAUGAAACCGCUGACGAUGUCUGACAGUCCAUUGCUUUCAUGCGUAUAGAAAUGUUUGUUGCUCUGUAAAGGGAGUGAAAUGAACGCCCCAACCGUCUCGAGCGCGAGCGCGAGCGGGUCCUGGAGUGGGAUACAAAAUCCUGUGUCCCAUUGGGGUGAAUUUGAGAGUGAUGAAGAGGAAACUAGUGUUUUUGACUUGCAAGAAGCACUAUCUAAGGAGCUUGUCGCUGAUUUGAUCGACAAGUCGUGUUCUGAUGAUUACACCAAGGGCGACCCACUUGAUGGAUAUGGAGACGAUGAGCUGGAUACUGAGAGUUACUCCCUUGAUGGUGAAGUUUCAUACUCUCUUGAGCUGAGAAAGCAUAUUGCGGCCUUGAAACAGCUGAUCCUGCUCGCUCAAGGAAGAGUUUCGACAUCAGCGCCACAGGUUCAGCAACGGCUCCCUGAACCACCUCCAGCUCCUCAGCGACCACCCACACAUUUAAAACAUCCUGUUGUCCAUCCUCUGGGAUUCCUUCCUUCUCGGCACACACCAUUCACAUUAGGCCAAGGAUCACCUCCUGAAGAGCUCUGUUUAGAUUCAUGUCUGUACAUUCUAACUAAAAGUAUAUCUGCUCUGGCUGCUCAUUCUGGUUGGGAUGGUGCCAUGGGUGAGACACUUUUUGUAUUUAGGGAUGCUGUUGAUGAUUUUUUACGACGACUAACUACCAUGUUAAGAGUGACUGUAGAUCAAGGUGCCUCCCAUGAAGGAGGAGGAGAAGGAGGAUUCUCUGAUCCUGUCGAGCAGGUUUUCCACACAAUGGGACUUGGUAGUGUUCGAGAUCUGCAUUCCCACUACCAAGUGCAAAUACUUGGACGUAUCGAGAAUUUGGAAAAUGUUUGUUCUCAGCUUACAUGUGAAUAUGUUGAACUUGCAAACAGUUAUAAUGCAACUUUACCGUCUUCUUCUGGCUGGGACUCAUCAAUUAAACAAGAAAUAGUUUCUGAAAUAGAGGAGGGUGAAGAUGAGGAUGAUGUUCCACAGUUGCAUUUUCCUAGCACUGCAGAUGGGGAUUUAGCUCUGCAGCCCUCUGCUACUUUACAAACUGGUUUUGAAAUGCUGCACAGUCUUGAACAACAGCAGUUGCUGUCAGAAGAAGAGAGUUUAAGGAAUGAGGAAUUUGAAGAAGACAGAAAGGUUGAUUUAACUUCAGUAUUGAACAUCAGCAGUUCUCAACCCUCCAAAAGGGUCCGUCGAAUGUAAAAGAAUUUAAUUUACAGUAUCUUAUCUUAUUUACGAUAUACAUUGUCUUUCAUUCUUUUGUUCAAUUGUUAAUAACUUUUACCCAAGCAUUUGAUCUGUUCAAAAAUAUACUGUCAAUAAUCAAAA